CCAAGGGUCACUCAGGAUAUUAUACGGCCACCGAUCCAAUUCCGACCUCGUAGGAAGAACAUAUACGUGGGAAGUUGUGCUUCGGUGACGUCUUCUUUCAGCAGCGAUGAUGACAACCAUCAUCCCGACACACCAAGUCGUCCUCAACGGCCUCCAAAAAGCGGAAACCCUAUUACUUCCCCCAACCCACCAUCACAAUCUACCGAACGUGGUGGGACCAAAGGUGGUGGGAAAAAGGGGGCUUCUAGCGAGACUCAUCGGCAAAAGAACUUGGGUCGAUUUUGUACGCCAAACUGCCUAAUGGGUAUGGUAGAUGGGGGAGAACUCGAUUGGCAGUGUCCGAAUGUCAAGGAACAUGGAAAAGGUCAUCAUCAACUCGACCGUAAUACAUUCAUGCGACAUAUUGUUGCGCAAUCAGCUUGACUAUUGUGUGGCAAUGAACGUUCAUGGAGCUCGAGGAGCUUUUUUCAAGGUCAAGUUACCUGGAUUUGGGUACGCCGUUGCCGCGAAAGGCACCGGGAUUGAGUGUGUUAAAGAUCUGAUGCACGAAUCGACAAUUUACCGUCGUCUCCUUCCUAUUCAGGGGAAGUGCGUACCUGUGCACCUAGGAGAGACGAAAGUGGACAGUAUAUUAUACUACGCAGGAGCCGUUCGUAUUGUCUAUAUGAUGUUUCUAAGCUUUGGAGGAUUCCAAUUACGAUCGCCAAUCCCACAAACUCUCGCUGACGACGCCAUCUCCGGUCUGCAUGCCAUACAUCAGUUGGGAGUAUUGCAGGGUGAUCCAGCAGCCCGGAACAUUCUCGUCCACCCGGAUCGGCCAGGAAUUACCUGGAUUGACUUUGAACGAGCCGAGUUCGUACGCCCACGAGCGGUACUCGGAACUCUAUCUCCAAAUCGGAAACGAAAGCUUGGCUGGUCUCACGAAGAAGGGAAGUGUCAGAAUGGAAAGAGCAGCAAGAAGAUACCUGCAUCAGACAUAGGUCAAGCUAAGACGGAGCUGGCGAGAUUGGUGGUGAAGCAGAGAGUAGUCAUUUCUACAGAUGCCAACCUCAUUCGGCCCUGAACGCGUAUCGGGAGCCGAAGAAGUCUAUAGCUGAAUGAACUCUCUCCGGAAGUCGUCACUGAUGAGCCUCGUCACCGACAUUUCCAUACGAGACAGUGCCAACUCAGCUCACGAGUUCAAUAGACACAAAUGAGUUCGACGCAGGAAGCCACCUCUCAUUCCACAAUUUCGACGCCAAUUCCGGAUGUGAAUAACGCGGCGAGAUCCGGUGGAUACUCGCCGGGCGGUGCUGUCAUACUGGAUGCAAGACUAGGGCAGACCCGAAGAGCUCGAAGACGUCGAAGUAUGGGACAAGACCUGAGCCAGAAAUGGAAGGACUGCUGGGCGAGUUUGUGUGGAGUUCGCACUCUGUGCCCGGAGGGAAGCACGUGAGUCGUGCCUUCCAAUCUUCACAACCACCACAAGAAGCACGAAGGACGAAGGAUCACACUUUCCUAAUUAGGAAAUAGACAGCUGUAGCUGCCCUCUGAGCUCAGCUUAUUACACAUAUAUAUAGUAGACACGGUAGCUAGAUCAAUAAAACAUGCAUUCACGGAUCACUGACUGAGGC